CCCACCGCCGGCCACCGGCGACCGGAAUAAAACCAAGAGGAAUAAAACAAAAAACAGAUGUACUCCUGAUUAGCUGAUUUCCUUUUCGCCCAUCUGUUAAUCUAUGAAAGCUUAAUCUAUCCAUCCCUGAAAGCUUAACUUUCAUCAAAAUUUCACUGUUUAGCAUAUAGUUAUUAAAAUGAUCUGCCGGAGUCUCUUCUACUUCUUCUUCUUCUUCUUCCCACAAUCACUACUUCUAAUUUCAGUCAUCGCCAGUUCAGCUGCUGCAGUCUCUCCAGCAGCGACUUACCUCCUUCAGUUCAGAGACAGUCUCCCUUCCCAGUCUCAGCAUCUCCUGCAAUGGAACAACCUUUCUUCAUCUCCUUGUCAAUGGCGUGGAGUUUCCUGCUAUCCAGACACUCCAACCCCGCAAAUCAUGUCCUUGAACUUCACAAAUCUCGGCCUUUCGGCCGUUCUAAACGACUCUGUUUCCUAUCUCUGCCUCCACGAAGCCCUCGUCUCUCUCGACCUUGGUCGCAACAAUUUCACCGGAAUCCUUCCACCUCAGCUCGGGAACUGCUCGCAGCUCGAUACCAUCGUUCUCGGGAUUAACCAGUUAGUGGGUCCCAUCCCCCCGGAGCUUUUCCAGUCCAAGAAGCUGACGGUGCUGGACCUCAGCUACAAUGGUUUCUCCGGCGAAAUCCCUAAACAGGUAGCCUCCUGCACUAGCCUUCAAUACCUUGGAUUAGAGAACAAUACUUUAGAUGGGGAGAUUCCGAUGGAGCUGUUCACUCUUCCCAAUCUGGAAACUCUGUACCUUAUCUCCAAUCGGUUUACGGGGUCGCUCCCUGAUUUCCCACCUUCAUGUGCUCUUUCCAAUUUCUGGGUCUCUGAGAAUCGGCUCUCUGGAUCUCUCCCUGUUUCCCUGAGAAAUUGCCGGAAUCUUACUCUGUUUGUAGCUUCGGGUAGUGGUCUAGUUGGUGAGAUGGACGCUGAGAUCUUCACGGGUCUUGUGCAGCUUAAAAGGCUUGCUCUGGAUAGAAACAAACUGGAGGGAGAAAUCCCAGAGAGCUUGUGGGCUAUGGGGAAUUUGGAUUGGAUUGAUUUGUCGACUAACCAGCUGAGCGGCACUCUCUCUGAGAAGAUAGCUCAUUGUCAGCAGCUAACCAGUCUUGCUCUUUCUGGGAAUCAGUUAGUUGGCCCGAUUCCUCCUUCCAUUGGUGAUCUGAAGAACUUGAAAUACUUGUAUCUCUACAGCAACAAGCUCAAUGGCACCUUGCCUCCACAGCUUGGCAAUUGUAGCGCACUUAUUGAUGUCAGACUGGACGAUAACUUGAUUGAAGGGAGCAUCCCACCUGAAAUUUCGUUUCUUGAAGGCCUUGAGGUUCUUUAUUUGUUCCAGAAUCGAAUUACUGGCGAAAUCCCGAGGCGGAUUGGUGGGUUAAAGAGGUUAAAAGAGUUGGCUCUCUAUGAAAACAAGUUGAAUGGUGGAAUCCCGUCUGAGAUUGCCGAGCUGACACAGCUCCAGUUUCUUUCUCUGUCUCAUAACAACUUGACUGGAGUGAUACCAUCUGAGCUUGGGAAGUACUCUCCACUAGUGAAACUUGAUCUGAUUGGAAACUCCCUUUCUGGUCCAGUUCCAUCGAGUUUAUGCGCAGGAAACAAGCUUUCGGUUCUUGUGCUUGGCCACAACCAGCUUAAUGGCAGCUUCCCACUUAGUAUUGGUGCAUGUUCAUCUCUUUAUAGGUUGAUUUUGAGCCAUAAUCAGCUGCAAGGGGCAAUACCGCCAAACAUUGGAAAGAACACCAGAUUAAGUUACCUGGAGAUUAGUUCAAAUUUGCUUGAAGGUAGCAUACCACCAGUUCUUGGAUACUGGAGCAAUCUCUCGACGGUUGACUUUUCUGGAAACAGACUUUCUGGCUCUAUCCCUCCUGAGCUAGGUAAACUAGCAAAGCUCCAUAAGUUACAUCUUUCUUCUAAUAUGCUGACAGGAAGUAUUCCUCCCGAGCUCAGCAACUGUAAAAAGUUAAUUGAACUAGAUCUUAGCGGGAAUUCCAUCUCAGGAAAUAUUCCUAAUGAGAUAUUGGCACUGGAGAGAUUGGCAGUUGUGCUCCUUCAGGGGAACAACCUCACUGGAGCAAUUCCUGACUCUUUCUCUCCACUCCAAGAUCUUCGAUCGCUGCAGCUGGCCAACAACAUGCUUGAAACCCCUCUUCCUUGCAGCCUGAGUAGAAUUCGCCAGUUUAGUUCAGUUCUCAAUGUCAGCCAUAACAAUUUCUCUGGUCAAAUCCCAACAUGCCUAGGGAAUCUGGACCACUUGGAAGCUCUCGAUCUCUCGAGCAACAAUUUCUCCGGUGAAAUACCUAGUCAACUGAAGAAUAUGGCAGCCCUCAACUUCUUCAACAUAUCAUUCAACGAGCAACUCUACGGCAGAAUCCCAGCCUCUUGGGAAAAAAUAGCAGCAAAACAUCCAGGAUCUUCCCUUGGAAAUCCUGGGAUUUGUAUCACAAGCAAUGACACAAGGUGUGGCAGGAGAGCAAGGCAUGGACGUAUGAGCGGUGGUGAAGUAGCUGCCGUGGUUAUCACAGUGAUCGGUACUAUGGCAAUAGUUUGUGCCAUGGUUUACGUAUUCAUCAUGCGAGUGAUUCACCAGAAACUUGAGUGUGACCAAUCACUUCUCCACGAAUCCACAAUGAGAUCCGAAAGCUUACCAGAUGAUCUGAGGUUUGAAGACAUAAUCCGUGCUGCUGAAAGCUGCAACGAGAUAGGAAGAGGGAGACAUGGGACGGUUUACUGGACAGAAUCUGUGCACUCCAGAAAGAAGUGGGCUGUCAAGAAGGUGAAUAAUCUUUCUGAAUCGGACUUCAUCCAUGAGAUUAGAAUCCUGAACAUGGUGAAGCAUAGAAAUGCAGUGAAAAUAGGGGGAUACUGCAUUGCAAAGGGAGAUUGUUUCAUUGUCACUGAAUACAUGCCUGGAGGGACGCUGUCUGAUGUACUGCACAGAGAGCAAUCCUGGUUGGUUCUGGAUUGGGAGGAUAGAUUACGCAUUGCACUCGGUAUCGCUCAGUGCCUUUCUUACCUUCACCAUGACUGUGUGCCUCAAAUCAUUCAUAGGGACGUGAAAUCCGACAAUGUGUUGCUGGAUUCGGACUUGGAGCCCAAAGUUGCAGACUUUGGAAUGGCAAAGUUAGGUGUUAAUAAUUAUCCUGAUGCUGAACAGUCUAGCUCAACAGUAUCCAAAAUUGUUGGCACACUUGGGUACAUGGCUCCAGAAAAUGCAUACUCAACGAUGUUGACAGAUAAAGUCGAUGUGUACAGCUAUGGAGUGAUUUUGCUAGAGCUGGUCUGCAGAAAAAUGCCUGUUGAUCCAAGCUUCGAAGAAGGCCAGGACAUUGCUUGUUGGGCGAGGAAGAAUGUAGAAGGGAAGCAUGAUGGUGAUGACGAGGGUAGCAACUUCAUAAAGUUCGUUGAUAAUGAAAUCACCUCUUGGGAUCCAGAUAAGCAAGAGAAGGCUAAGAAGCUACUGGAACUGGGACUUGAGUGCACUCAGCCAGUGCCUGAAAUGAGACCCUCCAUGAGGGAUGUUGUGGCUUCUCUUCUCAAGCUGGGAGACGCCAAUUCAUCAGUAAGGUUUAAAUGACUCCCCAGUUUAACUGGACGCUAAAAACAGCAAAUGUAAUUGUCAUGAUUUGGGACUACUUGUAGUAUGCGAAAGUAAGCAACACUGUAGUAUAUAGUAGGACCACUAGAUUAGGAUUACUUGUAGCAUACGAAAGUAAGCAACACUGAUGCAUAAUUGGACCACUAGAUUAGGGUUCCAAAAAGGAAGCAUGAUCACAGUACACAGCAGAAAAUUGCAGAAAGAUGGAAAUCUACAUUAUUUAGCUCCUCGGUUGGAUUGUUAUCACGGUACCACUGGACUAGAGUUCCAAGGUAAAAGAGAGGUGGCCCAGCUGUGGGUGGAAACAGUCGACUCUUUACUUCUAAGGGCAAUUCAUAUCGUUCUUAGCAACCACGGUUUUCACUUAAUACUAAAGCUCGUCUACAUCUUACAUGAACAUGGCCAUUUCACCUACGGAUAUACUCACUAAUUGUUCAAGCUGUAAUUUAUUCAAUCAAAAUGUUGGUGAACUGCAAUGCCAGGAUUCAUUCAAUCAAAAUGCGAACUCAUGUCAUUUGUUCAAGAUGUAAAAUUUAUUCCAUUGAUUACAAGGAAUGUGCAGGAGAAACCAAUGGCAAUUUCAGUAGCACGUGUUUGGUUUUGAAAGCCACAGUACGUAUCAUACUAAAAUGUUACUUUUCAUUCCGAGAAGCUACUCCGUUGCCUCUGCUGGUUGUGGAACUUCAGAUUGUUUCAAGUUUUCGAGUGCAGAAAUCCGAGCAUCAAGCGUCUCAUAUAGGCCUUUCACCUGGGGAAACAAAUGAAAAAGAAAACUACUGUCAAAAGAGACGGAAAUUUUCAACAAUCACUUGCAGUGCAUCGCAUCAUCACCCAGAAGAGGAAAAGAAGCUGAACUAGUAAACUUUCUAUGUUCAUUUCUCUACUCAGUUACCCUUCCAGAUGAAGGAUGCAGUUAUUACGCAAUUUUUAUGUCCUCAAAGUCUUUAUCUUCAUGAUCAUAGGGCCAAACUUACCAUGAUGUAAUUCAUUAAUCCCGUAAACAUCGAAUGAGUCCUUUCACAGGUGAAACACAAUUUAUUGUUUCUAACAACACUGCAUAAUGAGUAGUGAACAUGACAUUUGAAAUACAAUUGGGAAUGACUAUCAAUUGUUAGAGAUUGCUAAUGAACUUUAGGAAAGGUCUGAUGCCGAGAAAUGGAAAGAUGGCCCAUCUUUUGGAAGCAUGCUUCAGAUAUAUCAGCAGAGUGGAAAUUCAGUUGAAUUUUGAAUCUGCAAAUGUGUAAGUACUACAUAUGAUUCAGAGAGUGAUGCAUACAUGAUCCAAGAAACCAAAAACAAAAAACUUCCAAUGAUCCAGUCAGAAGGAUAGUUUUCAUCCCACUUGAGAUUAGUAUUCUGAAGUUUCUGCACAUUAUUACUUCCUCAGUCUGUUCUUAAACAAACAGAGAGACAAAGAGGAAACCAGAAAGCAAAAAACUACCAAAACUACCAAAUGUAGCUCAAGCUGCAUAACCACAAAGAGAAAAUUCAAUUGUUGUAGAAGUUCUUUCCUGGCAUCUCUAAUUGCAGUGUUGCAUCAUAGCUAGAUAAUUUCUAGCUAGAAAGGGAAACCAUUCCCAGAUUAGAUCCCACUCAAAAGUCAAACCAGCAACCUAAGUUAAACAAGAAUGAAUUCUUGCUUGCACAUUGUUUAGCAACUACAUUUGGAAGAAGAAAAAAGGCCAUCAGCCUACUGAUUGAACGAUGCCAUAAACUACCGAUUAUCAACUCCUAGACAAGCCUUUGAUCGUCGAAAUGCCAACCAACUACAGAAUCUCAAUUGCCAAAAGGAAACUAAAUCUACCAACCCGAAACACAAACAAGAAGAAAAAAAAAAAUGGAAUUGCAAACCCACUCACGCCAAAGCAAUCAGCUUUACGCAAGAAACCCCUAAUGAAUCCAAACUCAAAGAAAAUUCAUAAUCUUGC